AUGGCACGUAAAGCAUUAAUUGUUAAGGCAAAUAAACCUCCCAAAUAUCCGGUUAGAAAACAUUCGCGCUGCCUUAUAUGUGGACGUUCCCGCUCUGUAUACCGCAUUUUUGGUAGUCGAAUUUGCCGCCAACAUCUUAUUGAAUACUUUAACCAAGGUCGAUUGCCGGUUGCUAAUAUGCUAACCACUAUCCGCAAUGCUAACAUGCGGGGUUAUCGCACCUGUUGGUUUGAUGAAAAAAAUCGAAAGAUUAAAGUUGAUAUUAAAUACAACAACCAAAACAGUCGCAUUCACCAUUUAAAAAAGAUUUCUAAGCCUUCCCAACACAUUCAUUUAGGGGUAGAGGAAAUCAAAAAACAGUGUCAUAAGCGAGGUUUUUAUAUUAUUUCUACUUCUACUGGAUUACUAACUCACCGGGAAGCCCUAGAAAAAAAUCAGGGAGGGGUUUAG